AUGGCACCCCAGAGAGUCAAGGCCCUCUACGACUACGACGGGCAGCAUACGGAUGAGCUCACUUUCCGAAGAGGGGACAUCAUAACACUAACACAGCCCGCUCUAGAGGGUUGGUUCGAGGGGACAUUGCGAGGUGUGACGGGUUGGUUCCCCGCGAACUACGUCAUGGAGGUUCACGGGGAAGCUGACUCCACGCACCAGCCCAUCACGAUUAGCAACGACAAUCGACAGAAAGUUCUCUCCAAUAUCAUCGAAACCGAAGCGUCGUUCGUCGAAGAUUUGGAUAGCUUUAUGAACUCAACCCUACAGCCUGUGUGGCGGCUUUUCGGCGAGGACUAUGAUCUCAUUCACCGGAAUCUCGAGCAGAUACUGCAGGUUCAUCGAACGCUGCUAUCUGGUUUGAGGGGCGAGACGAAUGGAGAGCCUAGCAAGGUCGGAAAAGUUUUCCAGGCGGUGUUCUCGAGGUUGAAGGGCGCUCAUAGCAAUUAUUGCGCUCUGCACCCAAGGAUUAUCAAGAUUCUGAUGAAACACGCUUGUGUAACGAACAAUAAUCAGCCGGUCAACAUGCUCAACGUAACGCUGGGUCUCUCGGCUCCAUUCAAGCGACUCGAAAAAUUCGAAACACUCCUCGAAGAAUUAACGCGCCACACUCCAGAGAAUCAUCCAGACCGCGGUGAAUGUCAAAGGAGCUGUAAUUUGUUCCGUGAACUUGCACAAGAAAUGAAUGCUGUUAGGAAGCAGAAAGAUAUCGAGACCGAGAUUCUCAACGCGAAUAUAAAGAAUUGGGAAGGUCCUCCGAUCAACACGCUGGGCGACGUCCGUGUCACUUGCCCGGUGAAAGGACAAUGGAAUUCCGGCUCGAAGGACUUCUACUUAGUCGCAUUCGAUUCUGUCAUCGUGCUCGUAUCCUUGUUGGACUCGAACGAGUUCCGGAUGGACUACAGGUUCCCUCUGGACCGGACCACCAUCAGCAGCGUGGAGAAGUCUCAAACUCUCGAAAUGCAAUUCCUUUCCGUGAAGCUGCUGGUGAGCUUCCAUUCGUCGGACGAUUUCGAGAAAAUACGUAACAGGGUAGACGUCUAUUCGACGGUGCAGAAACGAAGCUCAACGAAGUCGAACGACAGUUCAGUCAUCCUACGAUCGAACGGUUCUCGUCCCGUCACCCCGGAUUCGAGGUUCGAUUCUUCGAAGCACUCCUGGAAUAGUUCCCGAAUUUCCCGUCCGACCUCACCCGCGCCCCCGCCGCCGACUGCACCGAAAACUUGCUUGCAACCAUUCGGGAGCGCGACGCUUCCCCCUGCCAGGAUGAGUCUUACGAUAUCGCGCAUUCGAGGUGUCCUACCACAUCGAAGAGUGAAAAUCUCCCUUCAAAAAGAAGCUGCUCCGGGUUUGAAGCGGGGUUCGUCUGCACGGAAGAACAAGAAAGAUCUUCCAACGCCGAUUUUGUUUGAAGAAUCCCUGACGAAUCCCUCACACUACGAGAGAGAUCUCCAAAUACUCAAGGUGGUGGAGUCGUUUGCGAAUCUCUCGAAGAAGCCUACGAUUCCACUCGGAGGAGUUUCAUCAAACUCGGCCAUAGGUCUCACUUCGUUACCAUCUGUGCGGGUUUCAACGUUGACUUCGCACAGCGGUGCACCUGGGAUGGAAAUCGAUGUGCUCGGGAACUUGAUCGGGCGGCCUAAAAGCAUUUCCCCCAUUUCCCCGAAUCCGAUCUCUGAUCAAGGGGCGCUCCGGGUUCUCCAGAGCGACGUGUCUAUCCUCAAAGAACAAAUGGCCAAACUUCAAGCGGACCUGCAGGAAGAGCGGAAACAUCGGAAGGCUCUUCAGGAGCAAUUGAAUUCGCUUUCUCCCGGCAAUAGAUAAUUUGACCGAGGCGCCUGCUCUCGAGAACAAGAGCCCUUGCUCACUGGUUGUAGUGAAUACUUAAACAGGAUGAGGAAGCUAAUCUCACUCCGGAUCUGAUACCGAGAUCGUCGGCGGCAUCCAAUGCCUGAGAAGCCGAUCGUUCGUUCGGGAGAUGGUAGCAUUGAAGUAUCCACAGGAUUAACGGAUCUGAUAGCUCCUGUACUCUGAGCCCCACGAGUCCUCUGUUUUGGGAGGGUAGUCGCAACGUGAUGUGGACGGAAUUAUAUCUCUUCGUCUCUCGAACAUAAAUUACUGGGUGGUAGGCGACACCAGAGAUCCAAGAAUAAUUAGGAGCUGUGGAAAUCGGAGUCGCCCGUCAUGGAUUCAGCCUCUCCGAAUGACUUGGCGAGGCUACACCGAACAUCCUACUGGAUUCUCCUCGUUGGGGUUGGGCAAACGUCGAACAUCCCGUUACUGACAAGUUAAUGCUCCCAGCUCGGAAUCCUCCUCGCGGUCGACUCUCAGUAGCUUAUCGCGCAAUAAAAUGAUGGUUCAUGUUAUGUAAUUUA